UGCUCCUCGCUCGCAGCCGCCGCACUCGCUGCCGGCCUCCCCCCGCCCCGCUCCGCGCCCCCCCUCCCCCGGAGGAGGCUCCGGCAUGGCGGGGCCGGGGGCCGGCGGCCGCGGGUGCUGAGCGGGGCGGGCGCAGCGCUGAUGCCGCAGAGCCGCCGCGGCGGAGGGAGGUCGGCCACGAUGGGAUCGGUGGGAGCCGAGCGCUUCAAGGAGCUGAGCCCAGCAGGGACGCCGGAGGGCAACGUGGUGAUGAGCUUCAGCUUCGACAGCUACCAGCUGGAGGACGACGAGCUGCAGCGGGGCAGCCAGGCCAAGGGCGUCCUCACCUUCAUGGAGCCGGUUUCUGAGGAUCCUGAGCCCCAGGAUCGAUACCAUGGGAUUUACUUUGCCAUGCUGCUGGCCGGGGUGGGAUUUCUCCUGCCAUACAACAGCUUUAUUACUGAUGUGGACUACCUGCACCACAAAUACCCAGGGACUUCCAUCGUGUUCGACAUGAGCCUCACCUACAUCCUGGUGGCCUUGGUGGCCGUCAUCCUCAACAACGCACUGGUGGAGCUGCUGAGCUUGCAUACCCGGAUCUCUGUGGGCUACCUCUUUGCCCUGGGGCCCCUGCUCUUUGUCAGCAUCUGUGACGUCUGGCUGGAGCUCUUCACCCGCAGGCAAGCCUACGCCAUCAACCUGGUUGCCGUCGGGGUGGUGGCCUUCGGCUGCACAGUGCAGCAAUCCAGCUUCUACGGCUACACGGGGCUGCUGCCCAAGCGCUACACGCAGGGGGUGAUGACGGGCGAGAGCACUGCUGGGGUCAUCAUCUCACUCAGCCGCAUUUUCACCAAGCUGCUGCUGUCGGACGAGAAGGAGAACACGGUCAUCUUCUUCUUCAUUUCCAUCGGCAUGGAGCUGACGUGCUUCAUCCUCCACCUCCUGGUGAAGCGCACCCGCUUCGUCCGCUACUACACCACCUGUUCCCGCAAGGGUCUCCCUGAGACCCAGGGGGCUGGUGAUCGUGGGACGGGCUACCGCGUCCACCACGAUGUUACUUCGGAGGAUGUCCGAUUUGAGAAUCGGCCACGGGGGCAACCGAGCUCCCCUCAGGGCAGUCCAGACCCUGAAGCCGAGCUGGCUGGCAGCGGCACCUACAUGCGCUUUGACGUUCCUCGGCCCAAAAUCAAGAGGAGCUGGCCCAGCUUCAGAGACAUGCUGCUCCACCGCUACGUCGUGUCCCGGCUCAUCUGGGCCUACAUGCUCUCCAUCGCCAUGACCUACUUCAUCACGCUGUGCCUCUUUCCUGGGCUGGAGUCGGAGAUCCACAACUGCACACUGGGGGAAUGGCUCCCCAUCCUCAUCAUGGCCAUCUUCAACCUCUCCGACUUCGUCGGCAAGAUCCUGGCUGCCUUGCCCUACGACUGGAGAGGGACCCACCUCCUCAUCUACUCCUGCCUCCGUGUGGUCUUCAUCCCCCUCUUCAUCAUGUGUGUCUAUCCCAAUGGGAGGCCCACCUUUGGGCACCCCGCCUGGCCCUGCAUCUUCUCCCUCCUCAUGGGCAUCACCAAUGGCUACUUCGGCAGUGUCCCCAUGAUCCUGGCCGCUGGCAAAGUGAGCCCUGAGCAGCGUGAGCUGGCAGGGAACACCAUGACUGUAUCCUACAUGACAGGCUUGACGCUGGGCUCAGCCGUGGCAUAUUUUGCAUAUAGCCUCACCAGUACGUCCCACAGUACCUGUUUCUACACCGAAACCUCCAACAGCUCCUUCACGUCAGGGUACUGAGCCCCAGGGCGGGGCGAUGGGGACAGGAUGGGACCUGCUUCCUACCGUGGUCUCCACCGCCCCGCUCAGCCCGUGCCCUUCUUCGGGGAGGGCGCCCGGAGCCGGAAAGCUGCCCCGUGGUGGGCAGGGACCAGCAUCCUGUUGGCAUGGGGCCAUGGCAUCCCUGAACAGCCCAUGCUGCCCAGCCAGGGCCACUUCUUGGGGUGACAUUCCCCAACCCGGGGGGACA